UUAAGCGGUACGUGGAGUGUGUUCUGCUCUUUCGAAAUUGUAUCAAACACGUUAGAACAUAGAUUACAGUCUGAUAGAUUAACAUCCCUUUGUUUUCCUACUUCAACCGAGUUGGAGGAAAGAUGCAGGAUGGGUAUUAAAGUGGAGUCGCGCUUUUGACACUCGUUGUGGACUUUUGGAGAGGUAUUUUCUUGACCGUCUGCAGUGACAUGCCCAAAUAAUGUUGGCAAGAAAAAGCAUUAUACCAGAGGAUUUCGUGCUCCCGGUGCUCGUGUCGCGGAUUCCACGCAAACCCGUGUUCAGGGAUCGCGUGAACAAAGCGCGCUUCAUCGCCAAGAGCGGCGCGUGCAACCUGGCGCACAAGAACAUCCGCGAACAGGGCAGAUUUCUGCAGGACGUGUUCACGACUCUGGUGGAUCUCAAAUGGCGUUUCACACUAGUCAUCUUCACCAUGACGUUCCUGUGCAGCUGGCUGCUCUUCGCUAUGGGCUGGUGGCUCGUGGCUUUUGCGCACGGGGAUCUGGAUCCAAACCGUAAACCCGGCGUAGAGCAAUGUGUCACGAAUGUCAAGUCUUUCACCUCUGCCUUCCUCUUCUCCAUCGAGGUGCAGGUGACCAUAGGUUUUGGGGGUCGCAUGAUCACAGAACAGUGUCCCACAGCCAUAACAGUCCUCAUAUUACAGAACAUUGCAGGCCUUAUUAUUAAUGCCAUAAUGCUGGGCUGCAUCUUCAUGAAAACAGCCCAGUCCCACCGACGUGCUGAGACUCUCAUCUUCAGCCGUCAGGCCGUCAUCGCCGUGCGCAACAACCGCCUGUGCUUCAUGAUCCGAGUCGGGGACCUGCGCAAAAGCAUGAUCAUCAAUGCUGUUGUGCGCCUUCAGGUAGUCCGGAAAACCACCACACCGGAGGGAGAGGUCAUACCCAUCCACCAAAUUGAUGUUCAGACUGAAAGUGCCAUGGCCAGCAACAGCAUCUUCCUGUUGGCCCCACUGAUCAUAUGUCAUGUCAUUGAUAAAGACAGUCCUCUAUAUGAUCUCUCGGCUAUGGAGUUACAGUGUAGUGAUCUAGAGGUGAUUGUGAUACUGGAAGGCGUGGUGGAGACCACGGGCAUCACCACUCAGGCUCGCACCUCAUAUGUGUCCGAAGAGAUCCAAUGGGGCCACCGCUUUGUGCCUAUAGUGACCGAGGAAGAAGGUGUGUACUCGGUGGACUAUUCAAAGUUCGGGAACACAGUCAAGGUGGCCACCCCGCGCUGUAGUGCCCGUGAGCUGGAUGAGAAGCCCUCCAUUCUGAUACAGACACUCCAGAAGAGCGAGCUGUCCCACCAGAACUCUCUGCGCAAGAGGAACUCUAUGAGACGUAACAACUCCAUGCGCAAGGGAAACUCCACCCGCCGCAACAAUUCGGCACUCGCCAUUCCCAAAGUGCAGUUCCUGACCCCAGAGGGAGGGCAAAACUUAACGUUAUUACAACACAUUACAUGACAUGAGGCCUGCCACCUUUGUUUAGCUCUUUUCACGUGUCUUUUCUUAAGCCACCUCACUAGUGCUUGUCAUGCCCUCUCCAGUUUUCUCUUCUGUUCCAUUCUGAUAUGUAUGAUGGAGCAACAUGAGAUAUUGUUUAGGUUUUGACAUGAUAACGGAUGUUUCCCUUGUGUGAAAGUUCAUGAUUUUAUAUAGCCCCACACAUUAGGGUCUCAAGCCUGACCGAUGUUGCUCAGUGAAAUGUUAUGGGUGUCACUUUAUAUUAUAAAAUGUCCAUGUUCCACAUAAUUUAUGUUAUGAUAAUUAUUUAACUGCAAACAAUCCCACAAACCAAUUCUUAACAAAGUAAAUAAACUAUUCAGUACUCUAUGUGUAUUGUAACAUGCACUCGUAACCCACUUUUGUUUUUCUCACAAUUGUUUUGGAAACCUAAUGUCUAUGUUCUGUUAUUUUUUCCAUUUGUUUAAUAAAUUUUUUUUUUUUUAAAAAAGCAAGCUACUUCAGUUUUUAGUGGAAGUGUAAUCAAUAGUGUCUUAUGUGCUUAAUAAAGCAGUUUGCCUCUUCUCUGUGAUUAUAUUUUAAAGGGAUAUUUCACCCAAAAAUGAAAAUUUUCUCAUCUUUUACUU